AAAUGGCGAAGCCCGGGAAUGCUGUGAUAUACGGUUCGAGACCUGUUGAAGCUACGGAUAUCAACAACUUGCUGGUCGAUCUGGAAGGCGCCAGAGGCGUUUUCUCUGGAACGGUCAUCGACUACCGCAUGCCGUGCACGGCUUCUGAGGCCAGAACAUGUCAGAUUGUUGCCAACCUUACCGUAUGGAACGAGUUCCUGUGCCCGCUUUACCUGGAGCUGCAAGAGCUACCAGAAGCCGGGAGGCAACUGGGCCUGAUGCAAGUCAACAAAGUGUGGUACGAGGGGUCUAUAGAAAUCCGACUACGUGAAGCAGCCACGGUUCUUUACUGGCUUCUUUACAACCAUCACUGCGUGGCACGAAUACACAUUGGGCACAUGAUAACUUCUCCAGAAAAGGCUGAACUGUGCAUCCCGGUGCUUUGGAACACCCUUGACGGAAAUUCUUCAGUGAAAUCGGUGAUUCUGGAUUUUUCCUUUCCCAAGGGAUUCAAAUCCGAGGAAAAUGAAAAGCUUUCCGAGGUCAUUUUGUCUUUGAAAUGUCUGGAGGAACUUAAGCUUCCGAGCUGGUACUCAAUCUGUCCGCGCAGUGUUUCUGAAAUUUCUCGAAGCAUGACAAAGUUGACUGUACUCGACUGGUCCUCUUUAGUACACAUAGAAAGCACGCUAGCACAGCGGUUAUUGACAGUGCUAAAAACGAACACGACACUGCGUGAUUUGUCGUUGAGUGUAGCGGUCAUAAGCGCUGACCCGGCUUUGUUCGAUGAAUUUCUGACCGGUAACGCCAGGCUACAAAAUUUGAGAGUGGUCUCUAACUGUUACUGCUGUUCUGACGAUUCCUUGAGAUGGAUAUUCAAAGGUAUGCUGAAAAACCGAUCUGUCUCGAGCUUGCAAGCCGACAAGGUCACUUUGGAUUGCGAGAGCGUUGAGCUCGCAUCGAAACUGCUUGCUGAAAACAAAGUUUUGCGAUGCUUUCGGGUGUUGCCGCCCGCCUACGUGCUGAACAAGUCUACGGCGUUACUAGUACGUGUUAGACUGCCACCCAACACCACUACCUGGCAAGAGGCCGUUGCGCGUAACCGCACCUUACGGUAUAUGACCUUGAAUUUCAGCAUCUGGAGUGCUGAGCACUGGGGGCCUUUCUUCCGUGUUUUGUCUAAACACACAAGCCUCAAGAUGGUGACCAUCGUUGUAGAAAGAAAAGAAUACCGCCUUUUGCCUGGAGUCGUCAAAGCCCUUCAAGAAAACGGCGCUGAAGUGAAGGUUUUCUUCAAAGCUCCCUACAUCGCCAAUGAGUUAGCUGUUACUGAUUGCAAGCCUUUGUGCGAACUUAGCAUAUUGCUAUUGGAUGAGACAAAAGACAGAAUGCUACCACUAUUCCUGCAACUCUCCACGUUUUCCCACUUGAAAGAGUUAAGCCUUAAACUUUCGAGCUGGGACUGCACAAUUUAUUCUGCUAUUUCUGAAUUCAUAUCAUUGACGUCGACGCUCCGAAAGUUGUGCGUAGACUUAAAUAUGCUCUUUGCGCCUGAACUAGUCGAGUGGUGCCCAGCACUUGCGAGAUCGCUUCUGCUGAACAGGAGCAUUGCUGAUCUCAGCGUUAGUGUUUCAAGGGAAAGCGACGAAAACGUCGAACUCCUCGGUGACGCGGUAAUACGAAGCCCGACUAUCCGAAAGCUCACCUUGAUGACAUUUGAUGCAGACGCAUUAAGCUACUUCCUUCGCGGUCUGCAUGCAGGUAUCUUGAACAACUAUACGAUGUGCAGUGUCACCGUGGACAAUAUGAGGGACUUUAUUAUGCCGGCGGAUUGGUUUACCGUGCUAGACACAACGCGGCGAAAUUCUGGAUUCGUCGCCCGAGCAGCGCAGUUCCUGAAUGGCGAACGGUGUGACAGGCUGUGCGCCGCAGGUUUGGAUCGCGUCUCCCGUCAUCCAGCACUCGUGGCGGAGCUCGCCGAAGUGCUGGCCAUCGACCAGGUCGAGGCAGCUGACAUGGUGCAACGACGGUUCCGAAGCAUCGAGGGUUUGCAUGAAUUCAUGCGACUGGCCGGAGUCGUCAAAGAGCGGGUCACGUGUCUGCCACGUGAGGAUCGACGAACGCAACUGGACGACCUCAACGAUGACUGCUGGGCCCACGUCAGACGCUACCUGCAGCUGGAUGACGUGCCACAUAUAUAG